AAAUGUUAGUCCCCUGAUUCCAAUUCUCACUACUAGUGUUUUCUCUCUUUUUCCCCCAUGAAAGCAUAGUUUUUCUUUAGUUACGUAGGCCGGCCCAGAAAUAACUUGGGCCAGGUGGAAUAACGAACGAUCAAUCAGGUGGGCUGGAGCAGAAACGCGAUCCGCACGUCCUGUACUCCUGGGCCUGGUUUGAAGCAGCAAACAGACAAAAACAUGCCUCCUGGCACGUAGUAGUAGUGGAUGCGCGGAUCCGCCCACGGCAGCAGCAAAAACGGCUGGCCGCCGGCCGGCACUUCCUCCAAGGCAGGCCACUUGCGCGCUCGUGGUCACGGACAUGGCGCCGUGCCUCGGGCUCGCGGCUUUGACCGUUGUGUGAACGGCCUCGCGAAACUCCGGACGGGCCGGCCCACAGGGGCCUCAGGUGCGUGCACGUUCCCCCCGAAUCCCCUCUUGGCCUGGCCCGCCGCGCUUGGAGCGACGCGCCCGGGCCUGUGUGGCUGUGGUUGCGUGGUCUCCCCAAGCAAGCGUUCAGCCACCGCGCGUGACGCCCGCCCCACUUGCCGGAACACGCCAACACGCCGUGCCGCCGCCGACAUCGGCGGCGUACCUGCUUGCCGGCACCCGGGGGGGCGCGUGACACCGACGCACCAAGUGACGGGAGCGCCCACAUGAUUGCCGUGCGGAGCACAGCACACAGCAGAGCAACCGACCUCGCUCGUUCGCUGCCUGCGUGCAAUGGCCGCCGUGGCGUCGCCUGCCAUGCCAUGCAUGCGCGCCGCCGCUCUCCUCUAUAUAAAGGCACGCAGGCGGCCAUGACGAUCCCGAUCAUACCGGACCAGACCAGAUUCAGAGCCCUCACUGACCUUUUUGUGAUCGCGAAAUGGUGCGGCCGUCGAUCGUGCUGUUCGGGGACUCGAUCACGGAGGAGGCGUUCGGGGAGGGCGGGUGGGGCGCGUCGAUGGCCAACCACUACUCCCGCUCCGCCGACGUCGUGCUGCGCGGCUACAGCGGCUACAACACGCGGUGGGCGGCGCGGGUGGCGGCCCGCGCCGUGGCCACCGUCGCCGGCGCCGUCGCCGCCGUCACCGUCUGCUUCGGCGCCAACGACGCCGCGCUGCCCGACCGCGCCAGCGCGCCGCAGCACGUGCCCGUCGACGAGUACAGGGACAACCUCCGCGCCAUCUGCGCGAUGCUCCAGAGGCGCUGGCCCGGGGUCACCGUCAUCCUCAUCACGCCGCCGCCCAUCGACGAGGACGGCCGCCGCCGGUACCCGUACGCGCACGACUACUCCGGCCUGCCGGAGCGGACCAACGCGGCGGCGGGCGUGUACGCGCGGGCGUGCGUGGAGGUGGCGCGGCAGUGCGGGAUCAGGGCCAUCGACAUCUGGUCAAGGAUGCAGAAGUUCACCGGCUGGGAGAAGUGCUUCCUCAGGGACGGGCUGCACCUGACGCCGCGCGGGAACCGGGUGCUGUUCGAGGAGGUGGUGUUCGCGCUCAAGGACGCCAACCUCAGCCUGGAGGCGCUGCCGGCCGACCUGCCGCUCUUCGGCGACAUGGACCCCGACGACCCGGCCAAGUCCUUCGAGGACGAUGACGAGUGGGCUGAGUACUGAGGAUGGAGAAGAUGACAGCUUCAGUUCCGUGUCGACUCUGACAAUCCGCGUCCCUACGAUAUGUUCAGGAUAAAAUUCCUUCCCGAAUGAAGGUGUAGGAUCGUGGCGUGUUCGCUUGCUCAAAGCUCAAGGGCAGCGAUGUCUAGAAUCGCAAUUCAUUCGCACCAACUCUAUUUUGUUGUAACAAGUUUAUUUCCGGUUCAUUCUUUUACCUAAAAAAAUGUCAAAUAAAUGCCCACGGGUUUGUUUCUCUUC